AUGCACUCACUCCGCUUCUUCCCCGCCCCCGCCCAAUGCCCCCCUCCUCCCCUUUCCCAUCCGCCCCCCGCUCCUCCAUCCGCUCCGUUCUUUCCCCCCCGUUCUCUCUCCCCCGUCCCCCCGUGCCGGCAGGGGUUGGACCUUUGGUCGCUCGCCGCGCAGUGCGCCAACCCGUACGAGCUCCUUGCUGACGUGGCAUCGCUAAACCCCAACCCCGUUGCGGCAGCAUCGACCUCCGCGUUGGCCUCUGGAAUCUUGCCCUUCCCCAUCUCCACCUCCCCCCAACCCAGUUGCGCUUCCCCGCAACCCUCAAGCGCUUCCCCCCAACCCAUAAGCGCGUUCCCUCACGCCUCCGCCGCCCCGCGCGCCAUAAGCCGCGCGUUCUUCAAAAUGGUCGAAAUGACGCGCCUUUUCCGCCUGCUGGGGGGAGCCAAAGGCGGAAGCGCUUCCCCGGAUCUGCCCCGAAAGGUUUCCGCUUCCCCCGUUUCCCCUCCCCGGCCCCUCCCGCUUGUCUCCGCGCACCUGUGUGAGGGGCCUGGGGGGAGGAAGAGGGAGAAGAAGCGGUCCAAGCAACAGCAGGUGACAGGGGAGGUGCAGCAGCAGCGAUCUCCUCUGCGCCCUGUCAACCUGCAACCCCCUUUGCUGCCUGCUGCUGCCGUUGCUCCCACCACCGCCUUGCCCGCACCUCACCUUGCGCCCCACCCUGCCGCCCACCCUGCCGCCCACCCUGCCGCCCACCCUGCCGCCCACCCUGCACCCCACUCUUUUCCCCAAACUGUCCUGCACCCUGCCCCCUCUGCCGCCUCUGGGCAUGCACCUGACUUUGUGCUGUGCCUGCUGGGAAGGCGGAGAGGUGGGCAGGGAGGACGGUGUGUGGAAGCACGGGGAGAGCAGAUAAGUAAUGGUGGUGCGGGUAUCCUAGGCAAGUAUGGUGGUACAGAGAAGGACGGGGGAUGCAGUGGUGAUGGCUUAAAGGAGGUGGAAGAGGAGAGAGAGGAGGGAGAGGAGGGAGAGAAAGAGGAGAAGGAGCGCUGUGCCCUCUGCAGUCCUCCGCACAGCUCUGCCUCGUUACAGUUACCUUCGUUACAGUCACACCCUGAUCAGCUGCUUCCACGAUCGAUCGUGUCAACCCCCAUCAGCUUCCAGGCAGCUUCCUUCCUGUCCCACGGCCAUGUGCUGUAUGGGAUGGACGGCACAGGAGACCUGACACGUCAUGCCAACGUGGCAGCCUUCGCUGCUGACGUCAUCAGGGGCAGCCACGUGGACGCAGGUUUGAACAGUUCAGCAGACUGCCAGGCUGGCAAGUCAGCGAUGGAGGGAGAGGGGGCAAUGGAGGGAGGGGCGGCAGUGGUGACAGCGGACGGGGGGUUGGACAGUUCAGUGGAUUGGGAUCGACAGGAGGCCAUGCACGCCCGCCUUAUCUUUUGCCAAGUGCAUGCUGCACUCAAGCUGCUGGCGCCAGGAGGAACGUUCGUGCUCAAGCUGCUGGGCGGAUCGCUGCUCUCAACAGCGUCUCUCCUCGCCCUGCUCGCCCUCUCCUUCAGCUCCAUCCAUCUCGUCCGCCUGCGCUCCUCCCGAGCCUGCAACGCCGAACGUUACGUGGUGGCUCGGGGAUUCAAGGGGAGAAAUGCAAAUUCUACAGCCUCCCCCAUUUCCUCCACCACCCCAUCUCCUGCGCCCACCUCUCCCUCCUCCCCCUCUCUCUCCCACAUUCUCCUCGACUUUAACCGCAUAUCACUCCAGUGGGAAUCCCUCCCUCCUCCCCUCUCCCCGCUCCUCGCCCCCGCCCUCACUCUCCCCCUCUCCGACUCCUUCCUCCGCGCCCUCCUCUCCUUCGAGGCAUGCAUGCAGCAGCAGCAGGCGCAGGCCAUGGGGCGCGCGCUGCUGAUAGGGGAGCAGCUUGUAGAGGGGAUACCGAGAGGGCCGGCGAGGAAGAGCAAGUGUUACAGGAAGAGGAGGGUGCUGUGGAGGGAGGAGGAGGAGAUGAGGAGGAGAGGGUGUGUGCUGGCCAAGGGGCUUGGAUUGGGAGUGAAAGAGGGCAUGGCGUGUGUGUGA